AUGAUGACACAGUUCGGAAUCCAAUCUAAUGUUAUUCUGGCGGCAUCAUUUACAAAUCUCGAGACUAAGGGUGCGGUGCUUUCUAGGGCAGUGGUCUACCCGGCCCUUCGAAGGGUUGUAAGACAAUACCCAGAGCUUGGUGUGGUCUACUUGCGCCGCCCGUCAGAAAAAAAGAAAAAUAAUCAUCGGGGCUUCUCGGGUUUCUUGCGCCACAUCAAUCUCGACGACCAUGUCAUAUUUCGUCAAAUUCCAGUUGAAGAAGAAAAAAAAGGUCUGACCACGAUUAUGGAAGAAUAUCAUAAUGUCUGGUUUGAUCAUACCGAUAGACCACCGUGGCAGCUGAUAGUAGUCAACGGAAAACAUGUUUUACUGGUGUAUGACCAUUAUAUUACAGAUGGACGUGGGUCUACUUUCAUCAUCAGUAGCUUACUUGAUGCACUGAAUUCGCCAGAUGGGGAUGAGGAUGACUCAUCCGUUGUUGAGUUGACUAUGGAAGUGAAGGGAUUCCCUGAGGAAGAUCCCAUCAAUAUAUAUGGCACAGGGCCAUUCAUCCUAUGGACUAUUUGGAGCUAUUUGCAUUUAUACUUUCUCAAGCUCUUCUUCAGGGGGACUGACCUUUUUUUCCACGAUAUGAAGAGCCAAAAGGUGGAUGUUGCCUUUAACGAUCCAAUAAAAGAGGAGAACAGGGUUACUACAAAACUUCACACGCUCCGUCUGGAUGCCGAGACAGUGGGAAAAUGCCUCCAAGCCUGCCGCCAGCGCAAUGUCACCUUUACCAGCCUACUGUAUGCGCUUUUUCAGGUGACGCUAGCAACAGACUUUUACCCAAAGGCUAAAAUUAGUUGCUCUCAACUUGUCGUUGAUGCUCGACGUUUCCUUCCAAUCCAAGGCAGAAAGAACACUAUCAGCAACUGUGGCACCUCGCUUCCGAGCUAUGAUUGGCUAUCAGAGUCUCGCAAAGCAGGUCAAACACUAGAUGACAAGGGCAGUCUGAUAUGGAACUUGGUACAGAAACGACAUGCUUAUAUGAUGGAGGAUUUCAGAAAAAAGAUACCCAACUGUGUUAAAGGUUUGGUCUCUAUUGAAUUGGUAGGGGAAGACGAGGAAGACUAUUUCUCCAGUCUACCUAGAUAUGUGCUUUCUCUGGACAAACUAUAUAGUAUAUCUAACCUGGGCGUUUUUGACCCCAGUAAGUCAGACUCUAGCGGCCCGUGGUCAAUUUCUCACUUGGAGUUUUCCGCAGGUGCCAAUCAAGCUGGAGUUACAACAAGUUUGAUCAUCAGCGUCAUUGGUGUUAAAGACGCUGCUACUGUCAUUCAUACCAGCUAUGCGAAGGGAAGCCUUCCGGAUGAGUUUGGUCACUCACUUCUCAAGAAAGUAGAAAAACGCUUGCAUGCAAUCAUCUAG